AAACGCCGUCUAAAAUCGAGUCUUUAAUUUUAACAACGUCGCAUUUUUAAAAUAACAAUUGUCCAACGAUUGAGCGUGAUAACUUUCCAAGUUGUCGUUCACAAAGAAACCGGCAUUAUUUCCAUGAAUUAUACAGUGAACACUGCCGCGCCGUGCACAACAGAUUUUCUUAUCUUUUACGCUUUUAUCUUGUUGCCGCACAAUAACAUUUAUAAACGUACGCUAUUUUAGUCAUACAUCAUGUUUCACGCGAACAAAAAUUGUACCGAUGUGGUUCCAAACUUACAACAAUUUCAUCGUUUUAUUCCUCGAUCUGCAAAACUAUUUGUUAUUGAAAAAGUCUCGUUGUAAUUUGCAUUAUACUGCAAAUUGUCACGUUACAUUUUACAUGCAUUUCCGUGUACGUAUAUUAAAAUCUAAGGUAAAGUUGUUACUCUACUGUUUACAGCCUACGUUCCAUCCUUUGUUGAUGAAACGUAAAGAUACGAAUCAGAGAAAACAGAUUCUAAAGAAAGUAACUCGUCAUGCCGUGUUUCUAUGUAGAAUCCAAGUAUUUAAAUAAAAUCAUACAAUUGCUAUGCCUAUUGCUACCGAUUACAUACAUUCAAGUUUCUUCAUUACAAGCGCUCAUAGGAAUCCUGUCUAUAGCGUGUAGACUAUAGUGUACAACAAUUAUGCGCGUUGACUGGAAAUAAAGCACUCGAGCGUCUAACGAUCCAGACGAAAAGUAACAAACAUUUUCAACUAGUUGACAGAUUAUGCAAACAACGACACGCUAUUAAUAGACGAUACGCGUGAAACUAUUCUUAUUUUGUAUCACGCGUUUUUCGUCCUGAGGAAACAGCGAUUGGACGUGUCUACGCCAAGGGGAAGAAUGCGCGCGCACGAGGGCAAAGCCGCGUGUAGAAACGGUCGGUAAAGCGAUGCUUGCAACACGCAAAGAAAACAGCACGAUCGUGUUCUCCGGUGAAACAGUUUGCAUCGACAGAAAUCUCGUUUGAACCCCGACCAACCGUGGUGUUCUUCGCGUUCGUGAAUUCGCGCGAGUAAUUUGGCGCGGUUUAUUGAACGCGAACGCGCGCCAUACGUGCUCACACGUAUACGUGUGAAACACACGGACACGUACAUUCGUUUUGGCGGUUCACUAGUUGCACGCGGCACCCGCGACACACGACGGCGGUGGAAAGAGGGAGAGGGAAGAGACAACAUAGUAGGUGGUUAACGUUGGGUUUUAAGUCGGCCGGCGAGGUGAAGUGAAAAAGUGAAAUGGAAUUGCACACGCCGAAGCGUGAGACGCGUCCGCUGUUGACGGAAGCGUUGCCAUGCAGCCCGCCAAUGUGCGACAGCAUGCUUUAUCCGUGGAAUUGGGGCGACGAGGCGAGAAAUGUAAACCUUAGCCCGGGUAGCUCGUGCUCGUCGCCGGAGUACAGGGAUCAGAACACGGUGACCACGCGGACCGGGAAUCGUUCGCGUUCAGGUGGUUCCGAGAGUCAUCGUCGUGGCCGACCAAGGGCCGACGCGCUCACGAAUCUCAUGAUGCAGGGCAGCACCUCGCCCAGCAGCAUAAAAUGCACCUACUGCAGUCGCGUGUUUCCACGCGAGAAGAGUCUCCAAGCGCAUCUGCGUACCCACACAGGAGAACGCCCGUAUCCGUGUGAUUAUCCUGGAUGCACAAAGGCUUUCACUCAAUCGGGUCAGUUGAAGACUCAUCAAAGAUUACAUACGGGAGAGAAACCUUUUUUAUGCACUGAACCUGGCUGUGAAAUGAGAUUUACACACGCAAACAGACAUUGUCCGGACCAUCCGUACGCUACUCUUACAAGAUCUGACGAUUUUGUAUUGAAACCGGUGUCGGACAAUACAGAAUUACCUCAUGACGUUACUAGAUGGUUGGAACGUUAUAAAAUGUCUAGAGAGAGGGAGGAUAGAACGCCUACAGGGAAGAAUGAACGGAAGAAGAAAACCUGGAAAAGUAGUUUGGAGAAUCACAAGAGAGUUAAGUCUAGAAAAGGUCUGAUGAUGGACGCGACCGGGGAGCAAGAGAAUUUAGACUGCAAGCCGUCGAAUCAGAGAUUGUAUCGUGGGGAGAGUCAAGACAGCCAAGAGGAAAGUCAAGACGAAGAUCCCGCAGUAUUACAAACGUCCGAGGACGAGGAAGUAUCGACAAAGUUGGCCAUCACUCCAUUGAGACGACCAUUGGACAGACUUCAACCAAAGAAGAGGUGGCUACGAGAAGCUUGUUUGGAACAGCAACUGGCGAAACCUUUAAACUGGGACAGCAAACCUGUGUCUACGACCUGUUCGUUUAAAAUCAAUGGUGGUAAUCAGAUGCAGUGGAGUUCACCUCUGGACAAUUCCCCUGUCUCUUUGGACAAUUCCUGUUUAAACGAGUGCAAAGAAAUUGCGCUCGCGAAACCGGAGGUGAAUUCUUCUUACGAGUCUUGUCAGAUAUCGUGGACCACGGCUGCUGGCACCGAAUCUCUGGAAGCAGUCAUAAAGGAAGAACAAAAGUAUGCAAUCGAAGCGUCGAGUAUGUUGUGUCAAAACAUGUGGAAUUCCUCGCGACACGAUUUUUUAGACAAUAAGCAUGAAAUGAGAAGCGAUCGUUCCAAGCUCGAACCCUGUGAAAAUUUGAACCACGCAUACUGGGAUAAUAAUUUGACGAAUGAAACGUCUGCGCCACGGUCCGACGCAAGGGACUUCGUUCAAAAAACAGUCUCGAGACAAGAUGCUUUCGUCAACUCUCACGUUGGCGAGAAUACAACGAGACCGACGGUUCUAAUGUUGGCUAGGAGCGUUAAUAACAACAACAACAAUAACAACAAUAAUAAUAAUAAUGACAAGGAUGCCGUCGCAAAGUUGGCAUCGAUAGAAUCUGAAACGCAAAUGGAAGUAGUGGUCGUUAAGCAGGAAGACAGUUUUGUCAAGUUACCAAUUCCGGAAGACAGCCAGAAAUGGCUGGGAGCUUUGGCUCUGAUGGAAUUAGCUAAAAAUCAAGACGACACAGGGAGAAGUUUAGAUUUUAAACAUGAUAAAGAUGAAUGUUUUGUGAAUUCAGAGUUGAAUUACACACACUUGUAGACUGUGAUUAAUGGCUAUUGUAGUUUUGCGUUGUUUCUGUAUGGCGGGUGAAAAAGAAUGCAUUUAUCGCCAUAAUGAUCCUUGAACGUGUACAGAGACAAUGAAGAAAUUCGAAUCCGUCUUUCUCGUUAAACAAUCAACUAGAAUUUUUUACAAUCAACCUUUUACACUUUUCUAAUUACAUUAUCAUGUUACAGUUUAUUAUGUUGACCAUUUAUCGUUUUGCUACAAAACUACACAUUAUGUUUUCGUCUCAUCUUCCGUGUGCUUAAAGAGAAGAAGAAAAGAUUUAUUUUGACUAUCUCGUGUCUCUUGAAGCAAUUUGACGUUUAAAGACGUAAAGGGGGAAAAACUUGUUUCGAUUACAAACGAAGAAAUUGAUUUGUUCGUUGUUUGGCACUAGAAUAUUAUCCACUCGACAUUAUUUUUGCGUGCAGAUGAAACAGUUUUAUUGCAGCAUUGUUUCCAACAUUCAUAUUUCACAUAAUCAAAGACAAACAUCGUGUUAUGUAAUUGAGAUUUUUCACGCUACAACAUUACAUUUUCCUUUUAGGUGGUAAUGCAAAUAUUUAUUUAUUAUUGUUGGCCAUACCUACAUAACAAUAAAGAUAAUUGUGUGAUACUUGGAAAUUACAAAGAGAAAUAUUUCUUUUUUCGAUCGUAUGGAAUGAAAAAAAAGUAUUUAAUUGGUACUAAUACGAUUAUUAUUUAUAAAACGUUGUAAAGUAAUAGGUAGCGAUACGAUAAAAAAACUUUUAUUUGUAAUUGUCACCAAGUAAUUUUAACUUUUACUAU